AUGGAAAACAACAACGGGCUGAACAAGCUCCUCCCCAAGUCCAUAUCCUCCAAGCGCCUCCGAAAGAAACAAGAGCGAGACGCGGAGGCGCCGGGCCAGGACGACGAUGUCCGCGGCCGUGCGAAGGAGAGUCGCGAGACGCUGGCAAGCACACUCUCAACCAACCUAGCCGACGACGAAGAAUCCAGAAGCUAUGGCUCGUACGAAUCCGAUCCCGAACCGGCCUCUUCUAGAUCCCUACCACGAGCGGCCACCCUUUCAACCCAUCCAUCCCAGAUCGGCUACCUAACGACAUCCUCCCCCAUCAUCCAAGCGGGCCAUUUUGUCGAAGUUACAUCUCCAGCCACCGACGUCGACUCCAACAGCAGUGCGUCCAAGUCUUCGACUUUCCCAUCCAAACGAUCCGUCUCGAUCGAGUCCAAGGAACCCAAGGAACUCCGGGUCCGUCGGAGCAAGACAAGCUUGCUACCUCCCCACAACCCCAAACGCCGGUCACCGUCGCCCGGGGGCAAGUUCAAGGGGAUAUUCAAGGGGAAGAAGAGCACCAACUCCAGCCCUGAACGACAGCUGCCUGACGACUCUCACCCACCGCCUAAGUCCGGCAAGCAACAGGCCACCCCAAGCGCGGACCCCAAUCACCCGAAAGUCCCGCCAAUAAUCGAGCCACCUGCACCAGCCAAAGUUGCUCCCUCCGACAAGCGGUCGAGAGUGCAGCCAAAGGUCGACACAGCACUCCCUCCUCGAACUCCGCCGACCGGGGAUAAACCUGCCCCCGUCAUCGUCAACACGCCGCCGACGCCCACCGAGUUCGCCCACUCGUCGGCACAAUCGUCCCCUGACCGGAAGUCAUUCUGGAACGCUCCGGGGCCUGGCUCGAGCACAAAUGGCACUUCCCCUUCGCGGAAUAUGAAUGCGCACCGAAGGAGUCGAUCAGGAUCUGUCAACAUCGGCCCCAGCAAGCUAUCCAACAUCGUCUCGGCUCCUCUGUCGCCAACCCCAGAGACUGGUGAGACGACCGCAAGCGCAACUCCCACAACAGGCUUCUUCUCGUCUAUGAUAUCCGUUGCUCAGAACGCCGCAAGCACCUUCAGCAACAUCCAGAACACCGGUAUUGGCCUUGGUGCCAAUAAAGGAAAGACCCCGACUCCCAAAACUCAAGAUCUAUCAGAGCCUAGUGAGACAGAGGGUCAGGCUGAAUCAACACCUGUACCUACCAUUACGCGAGCACACACUUCGAUGGAAGGCCCCAAGGAUCACAGGCAAUCCGCAGUGCAAACCCUCGGUGCUGGUGAGCUAAGCCUUAGCCAACUCGGUCUCGGCGAACCUCCCAGCUCCGUUGGCACCCCGAUGAGUAACAGAUUCCCCGACAUGGUCGAUACACGGGCCCGAUCCGAGUCGGCACCGGUCGACUCGCCGGUAACCCCAGUGGAACUCGUCCCUGACGAUAUGUUCAGUCGGCCUAGGUCGCUGUAUGAAGCCAGUGGCGACCGAACCCCCCCGCCCCCUGACUUCGUCGACAAGACCAACGGAGUGCAACGAACGUCAAGUCUCCGAAGUGCCCUGAAGCAGCCUCACAGAAAGCGCGGCAGCUCUGUUACCACUGGUAAUACCAUAGGGGCAGCCAUCGUAGCCGCUAACAGCUCGUUGGCUCAUCCGAACAUCAGUGUCCCCAAGCUGACCGGCUUCGCCAUCGCCAGCAAAAAGAGAAAUCGCGAUUUCCAUGAUUUAUUCAAGAGCGUGCCUGAUGAUGACUACCUUAUUGAGGACUAUAGCUGUGCCUUGCAGAGGGAGAUUCUCGCGCAUGGCCGGCUCUACGUCUCAGAAGGUCACCUAUGCUUCAGCAGCAAUAUUUUUGGAUGGACCACUACGCUUGUUAUGAGCUUCGACGAGAUAGUUUCGGUCGAGAAGCGUAGCACAGCGCUCGUCUUCAAAAAUGGCCUGAUGGUAACAACACUACAUGCGAAGCACAUCUUCGCCAGCUUUACAAGCCGAGAUGCUACCUACGACCUGAUUGUCAACAUCUGGAAGCUGGGUCAUCCGACGUUGAAGAGUACUCUCAAUGGAGUCCGGUUAGAGGGGACUGGCGGCGAUAAGACGGAGAAGGUUGAUGCCGAGCCGCCGGGCGUCGAGGAGGAUCACGCCGGUUCCGAUUCAGAUGAUGAGAGCGACGGCGAAGACGAUGAGGAAGAAUACUACGAUGAAGACAUCCACGAGGAGAUGCACAAUGCCAGUCUCAACGAAGGCAACGGCGGCGAGGGAGAAGCGGAGAAAUCUGCAUCAAGAAAGGCGUCUGGAGUAGCUCCAGCAAACGGCGGCACGUCGGAGGAUGCCCCAGCUACUUCAGGAACUUCUGCAGAUUUCCCAGGUCCAGCCGCGCAUGCGCCGACAGACUGCGGCGAUUCGGCAACACAUUACGACAGGGUGGUUGGGGACGACGUCAUUCCCGCUCCCAUCGGCAAAGUGUUCAACUUGGUGUUUGGCCAAGCUUCCGUCAAUUGGAUGAUCCAGUGGCUGACUGGAGAACAAAAAUGUUUCGAUCUGCAAAUGGACGAAAAGAAGGGAUUGAGUCUCGAGGACCGAAGUCGCAACUACACCUACAUUAAACCUCUGAAUGGUGCGAUUGGGCCGAAGCAGACCAAGUGUAUCGUUACUGAGACACUGGACAACCUCGAUUACGAAAAGGCAAUCAGCCUCACCGUUUCAACACAGACCCCAGAUGUGCCGAGUGGAAAUGUUUUUAGCGUCAAGACAAAAUACUGUUUCUCUUGGGCUGAGAACAAUGCCACUCGAUUACAAGUCAACUGUACUAUCGAGUGGACGGGCAAGAGUUGGCUAAAGGGCCCCAUCGAGAAGGGUGCCAACGAUGGCCAGGUACAGUUCUGCAAGGACCUAUUUGCAGCACUCAAGUCUGCUGUGUCGACGCGACCCGCAGCUCCCACCCCCCUCCCCUCCGCAAUGAAGGGGAGGAAGAAGGGCAAGAAGGCAAGGACGACACAUGUUCCAACAGGCAUCGUGGAAAACCACGCGCCAAAGCGGCCUGAUAAGAAAAGCUGGGGGGCUCUUGAGCCGGUGCGAGGGCUUCUGGAACCCAUCGCCGACAUCAUCCAACCCCUUCUCACGGGUAAUGUCAUGUAUGGACUUCUCGUGGGCUUACUUGUUGCUACGUGGUUCGGGUUCGGGUUCACACCGAGCAGCAGCCCUCAAGACAUUGGUAUGUACAGGCCCGAGAGGCUCGCGGCGUAUGAUGAAAUUUGGCGAAGAGAGGACAGCGAACUAUGGGAGUGGCUGGAGGAGCGAGUCGGGAUGGACCGGCUGAAUGCGGAUCGAGUGACUGUCCGAAAGCGGGCUGUAGAGCCAAGAACUGUAGAAGAGGGUCUUAGGGAGGCUCGGAUGGAUGAGAGGGAGGUGGAAGAGGCGAUUAGAGUGACGGAGGAGAAGCUGCGAGUGCUGAAGGAAGUGAUGGGGAAGAAGGCUAGGGCUAAGGAAGCCAACAACAAGAUACCCGAGUAG